ACUACUUGAUAUGAUUUACACAGAACUCGCGUGUUAGAUCAUGGUUAGAUGCAUGUUUUGAUGUGUAAAUAUUAACUUAUAGCUCUACUAUCAAAAGAUAAAAAUGAGUUGGACUUUAUUUCUUUGGCAUGUAUUGUUUCAUAUUUAUAUUCUCAUUUGGCAAUCGGCAUUGACAAUACAGAGUGAUGUAUGUUUACAAGCAGCAGAUGCUGACGUUUAUUUAGACAGAUACCUAAAUAAGGCAGGAUUUCAUAGAGAUCUACAGACCAAAGUCUCUGUGCGUGGCAUUGAUGGCAAGCAACAGUGCAGACUCCUUCUUAUAGAAACCAUACCAAGUGGUGUAUAUGUAGAUCUGUACCAGGUGGCUGCAAUGCAAACACAAGGUGGACCAGAGGUAUACUCUAGCCAAACAAUUGAUGUUGAGGCACCAGAGUACCUGUCAACACAGCACACGCUUCAUGUGUUUGCAAACUUUAAUAGCAGCUACACCGGGGAACUAACAGCAGAUGUUACACUACCGAUCCAUGGUCGGUACCACAGAGCAGACACGCUGCAGUUUAUAGAAGUUGUCAUAAAACACCCCCAACUCUUGAUAUACUGUGCCAAGUUUGGUUCUUUAGGUUGUACAGGAAACAAUGUUGUCAAGGCUCCGUGUGAUUCUACCAGUAAGAGCACAUGUAACUGGUUGCCUGUUCUUUACAAAGCAAACAAGAGAAAUCUGAGCAUGUUUGUCCCUGUAGGACAAGUGCAGCAUCGUACAAUGGUUGCCGUGGUAACCGUCUGUGUUACCUCCAUGGGAUGCUUGCUCGUACUAAUGGUCAUGUGGAGGAAACGAUGUAGGAGAAAGCUGGAUUGACUAAGAAAUUAUAAUUCUGCUAUUGAAUCGGAAAUGUAUUGAAUGUUCAUAAAAUAAUUCAUUUGAGUCAGUUUAGUCUAAUGAACACUGAGCACGAACUUGAACAAAAUAUUUGAAGGCUGAAAAAUUGAUAAUCUUAUGAUUGGUCAGACUUAAAAGCUAGACUUAUUAGUGUUGAUAACUUUGCUAACUUGUUGUUGUAUUUCCAAAGUAAAGACUGAAGAACCAACAUUUACUAUAUAAUAUGAACAACAGAUUUAUUCCUGUCCAGUGCCGCCGCUGCCACGUUUGUGUUUUUAACACUGGCUUCUUAGUUGUAUCCUGACGUCCCUCGAGCUAAAGUUGUCUUUUGUCAUUGCUCUUAAUAACAUCAUCCACAUCUAAUAAUUUUGUUAAAAAGAGCGACAUUCCCUGUGUAAUAUUGUGAUAUGCAAGUAAUACAUUCCCCUGUUCAUAAAAAAAACAAUGUUUAUGGAAUGUGUUAUGUUGCCAUUUACUAAUUGAUUUCAAUAAUUUACGAAGCAGAAACUGUGUGAAAACUGUAUCUCUGAAUACUCAGGGAUAUAAAUUCCAACUCUGAUGUCUUGCCUCAGAUUGUGUCUCCCAAUGCUUGUCACAUCAUAUGAGAGAUGAGAUGGACAAAUCACUUUACUCGAAUCGGUAAACUUUAGACCAGAUCUAAAGGAAAUAAGUGAAAUGACUGAUCUAAUCAUUGUAAUUUCUUUAACGUCUAAUGUCUGUGGGAUGCAAAAACACGCCCUCUAUAUCUGCUAUUCGGUUGUUUUGUUGUUCUCAUUUUUAUGUGUAAACUGAGUAAAGGUUCAUUUUUAAAAGCAUAUAAAGUCCAUAUGUAGUGUGCACACUUUGCAAACGUAAAUGUGUUCAGGCAGUGCAUGAAUUGUGUUUUCGUUGACUGAUUGCCUAUGAAAGCAGCAAUAUUUGCAUGCGACCUUAAUGUGUGUUUAUACCUUUCAUUUCUUGAUGACGUGCAAGUACAUCUGCUUAUACAAGUAAACAUGCCGAAAUCACGUUACAGUGCUAUUGUAACGCAGUGUUUUACGUUACUCCAUAGUUAUAGAUUGUGAUGUAGUAUUCAUAGCCAAAGCACAUAGACAAAGAGAAAGUCAAAGAAUAUAUACCAUGUACUGUAUAUAUAUAUGUA